AUGAAUUUGCCAAAAUUAUAGGGAAUUCUUUUAGUCCUACUUUUAUGUGGGAGCUUGAGCGCAGCUCACAUUAUCAAUCUAAAUACUACAUAGUGGUACUUCAAAGAAUAUACCAACUAAGUUACACUGUAUAGCUCAUUUAUGAAAGCUAAUAUCCCAUCAACUGUGCAUUUAGAUUUAUUGGAUAAUAAGAUUGUACCUGAUCCUUAUUUCAGAGAUAAUCUCCUCCAAUUCUAUUCACUAGAAGAAAAAGACUGGGUCUAUAAAACAAAUUUCGAUGGAAAAUCUAUCCUAUAAGAAUAUAUAAAGAACAAUUUCACAGAGAUUUAGCUUAUUUUUGAAGGUUUAGAUACUCACGCUGAUGUUUAUUUAAACGGAAACUUGAUCCUUAAAGCAAACAAUAUGUUUAGAAGAUGGGUUAUUCAUGAUUUACAAGAGAAAGUACAAAAAGGUGAUAAUAGCCUAGAAAUAAUCUUUUGGAGUGCAGUAAAUCAUGAUUUAGAAAAAGAAAAAUAGAAUGAAAUUCACUUACCUUAUAAUUACACUUACUCCAGAAAGGCUGCUUAUUAAUAUGGAUGGGAUUGGGGCCCAAGAUUAGUUACAUGUGGUAUAUGGAAAGAUGCAUACUUUAGAUUUGUUAAUAAAGCUGAAAUUUUAAGUACUCAUAUCAGAACAUUAAAGUUAGAUAAUGUAGACAUUUCUACAGGUAAAGCUGAUGCCAUUUUAAAGGUUGAUGUUGAAAUUUCUGCUUAAGUAUAAUCUGAGUUUGAAUCAGUACUUUCUAUUUACAGAGAUAAUCAUUUAGUUCAUGAAGAUUAAUACCCUAUUAGAGGAGGUAACUAAACCAUUUCUACUUAUUUGAGUAUGUAAAAUGCAAAUCUUUGGUGGUGUUAAGGAAUGGGAAAACCUCAUUUAUAUCAUUACACUGUAAUUCUUAGAGAAAAAUCAGAGCACAAGUCAGAACUUUAACAAUAAGAAGAGGAAUAUAGCACUCUUCAUCAUAAUCAUCAUCACCAUAAGCAUUCAAAAGGAUAAAUUCUAUCCUAACAAACACUAAGAACUGGUAUAAGAUAGAUUAAGGUAGACUAAAGACAUGAUAAGCAUGGUAAUGGAACAUCAUUCGCAUUCUAUUUAAAUGGAUACUACUUAUUUGCUAAGGGCGGUAACUACAUUCCUCCUGAUAUGUUUAUGCCAAGAGCUUUAAAAAAUCCUCAAGUAUAUCAUAAGACUAUCUAAGAUGCUGUAAAGGCUAAUCAUAACAUGAUUAGAUUAUGGGGUGGAGGUCAGUUUGAAUAUGAUAUCUUUUAUGAUUUAUGCGAUGAAAAUGGAUUGCUUAUAUGGCACGAUCUUAUGUUUGCUUGUGCUAUGUAUCCAGCAGAUAAAGAUAUAUUAUUUAACAUCGAACAAGAAAUGAUCGAAAAUGUAAAGAGAUUAAGAAAUCACCCUUCUAUAGGUGUAUGGAAUGGUAAUAAUGAAGUUAAAAUUGGAUGGGAUCUUUGGGGCUGGUAAGAUAACAUGACUGAAGUCUAAAAAGAGAUAGUCUGGGGCUGGUAUUUGGAUAUUUUUAAUGUAACUCUGAGAAAUGUUCUUGAUUAAGAAGAUCCAGAUGUUUACUAUUGGCCAACAUCUCCUUCUUCAGAAGUUAAUUUCGUGUAUCAAGUCAACACUGGAGAUAUUCAUUUUUGGAAUGUAUGGGCUUCAGGAGCUCCAAUUGAAGAGUAUGAUGAUUUUGUUGGUAGAUUUAAUAGUGAGUAUGGUAUGCAAGGAAUACUUGCUUAUGAAUCAAUUAAGAAAUUCACAAUUGAAGAAGAUCGUACAUAAGUGAAUACAACAGUAAUGGAGAUACACGAAAGACAUGUUAAAGGAUAUCCAUUAAUUUCUCAAUAUCUUUAACAAUACUUUUUAGAACCUACAGACUACAAAGAUUACAUUUAUGUAAGUCAAGUUAACUAAGCUUAUGCAAUUCAAACAGCUAUCUUAGCUCUUAGAAGAAAUAAACCUUACAACAGUGGUUCUCUUUAUUGGUAAAUAAAUGACGUAUGGCCUGUUGUUUCUUGGGCUUCAGUUGAUUUCUAUGGAAAUUGGAAAGCUUUGCAUUUCAGAUAACAACAUCUUUAUCAAAACGUAAUUGUAGCUGUUGAAAAGAAUGGAACAAAUUAUAAUUAAGGAAUCAGCAACUCAACAUCUAGUCAAUAUUUAUACAAUGUUAGAAUUGUUAACGAUUUACAUAAAAAAGUUAAGGGUUAGCUCACUGUUAAUUUGAUAAAUUAGUUUGGUUCAAUAAUUUCACAUUUAUUCGAAGAUGAAGUUACUGUUCGUCCAAAUAGCAAUCACAUAUUCUUACAAGUAGAUUUAAAUAGAUAUUAAUAAUAAUUAAAUUCAACAGCUUUGUACCUUAACUUCCAAUACAAAGAUUAAACAUGGGAAUAUGUGCACUAUUUUGUCAUUCCAUAGAAAUUUGAAUUCUCAGAAGUCUAAAGUGUAGAUAUUAAAAGUAUUGGCAAAGAUGGCAUUUAAGUUUAGGCAGAUACUUUAGUCAGAGAUUUCUAUGUCUAUUGCAGUGAUGAUACUGAAAUUAAACAUAUUUCUAAAAACUAUUUUGAUUUAGUACCAUUUUAGAAAUAUCACUUAAAAUUCCCUCACAACGGAGGAUGCAAGCAAUAUUCAUACAAGACAUUGAAUAAUAUAAUGCUUCAAAAAGAAACUAAUUCUACUACUUCUCAUAUUUAACCUCUCAACAAUUUUUAGAAGAGCGAAUAAUGA